AUGUCGAGAACUGCUCAAGUGCUCUCGAUUGAGCCGACCAAUGAACUUGUCUUUAAAGGUCCUUUCAAUGAUGUGGUGACUUGUCAGAUGAGGUUGACAAAUCCUACAGAGCGUCAAGUUUGCUUUAAGGUGAAGACAACAGCUCCGAAACAAUAUUGCGUUCGUCCCAACUCGGGUGUUCUCAAUCCAGGCGAAACAUGUAAUGUAGCAGUUAUGCUUCAGCCGUUUGAUGCAUCCAGUAAUGUAGAAAUGGAGCACACAAAGCAUAAAUUCUUAAUACAAAGCGUUUAUGCACCACCAGGAGAUCUCUCAUUAGGUAGUAUUUGGAAAAAUGUACAGCCAUCCGAACUUAUGGAUUCAAAGUUGCGAGUGGUCUUUGAGCAUCCUUCUGCAACGGAAUGCGAAGGAGACAAAACGCCUCCUCGAAUGUCCCCAGAAUCAAAAUCUGCAGCUGGUGGAUAUGCUGCGAAUAUGGAUGUCGAAGUGCGUCGCGUAAUUGAAGAGAAGAAUAGAGUGGAAGCUGCGAAGACCAAUUUGGAAAGGGAGAAUAAUAACCUUAAGGCUCGGCUUGCCGCACUUGAGACAAUUCCUCAAGUCACGGGUAAUCAGACAUCAGAAAGUGGAAUUACAGUUUUUCAGAUGGUAUUGAUCGCAUUUGCUGCCCUUAUGUCUGGACUCAUUUUUGGCAAAUUGUUCUGA